ACCGCUCUCCUUUCUCCGUCGUUUCUUUCCGUGAUGUCUAAGAUGGAAAGCGAAUUCAACAAGGUAUUUACUUUUUUUUUUCAUUUUCAGAGUUCCUCAGAGUUCCUCAUCGUCUGACAGCAAGGAGGACUCGUUCGAAAUGAUGGAAGCACUGCCGGCGUUUCAACAUGAUAUGAUGUUGACCGACAUCAACGACGCUUGUCUCAAGCAUGUGAGAUAUUAUUAAUAAUAUUAUAUAAUGUUUUGUUCUAACUUUUUUUCUUAUCUUAUUUCUAAUCCUAUGUUUUCAGCUCGGCGACUACACUGGCAUCGAAAAUUUGAGUGCUGGAUCGUUCACAUCGCCAGCAUUUCCUGUAGAAGGCGUUAUUUACGGACCGAAUAAUCGACUAAUGGUGUGCCUCAACUGUCGUCGUGCCAAGAAGCCUAGUGCUCCAAUCGUCAAAGUGUGGUACUUGGUCGACACGGGAUCGAAUUGCACAUUCCUCGAUGAGAAAACGAUCAGCAAACUCACGGGCUCCGACGCGAUUCCUUCGGCUCUUCCUGUCUCUAUCCAGGUUUAGUUUUUAUACUUUCAAUUGUAUGACUAUACUUUUAGUGAUUCAAAUGUCUCAUUUUAGGAGGAAAAUUCCGUGAUCGAGUGCGACCUCUCACACAGUCACUUCAAAGGCGCGAACGUGUUGGGUAUGAAGGCAAUGCUUCAAUUGAAAAUCUCCAUUCAAGACAUGAACUCGGAGCAGCUAUCUUUUCGCUUUGUAAAACAAUAA